AGAAGCAAUCGUCGAGGCAUCGUUGCCCACAGACUGUCCCGGUCCCGGUAGAUAUCGGAUUAAUCAAAGUAAAUAUAAUUCGAAAUAACGAUGGCAACGGCGAAAUUCAAAGAAACCACGUCUCCCUACGCCAGACAGAAGCCUUCGCCACCUGCGGACGAUUACCUCUACAGCAAAUACUUAGAAAACUUCACCCUGAAGACAGAGGACGAGCCGAUAAUUAGAGUAGCUCUGUUUGGCGUGGGUCGUGCUGGGACGAUACAUCUAGAGAAUAUAAUUUCUAACAUACGGGUGAAACUUUUAUACAUCGUUGAUGACGUCGAGAGCAACUGGCGAGCUUUGCAAAAAUAUUGGCGUCUGGACAACAUUACCUUCCUAAAUAGCAAGCAGUCUGACAAAGUAUUCAAAGAUCCCAACGUUGAUGCAGUCGUCGUGGCGUCGCCGACUUACACACACGAGGAUAUCGUUAUCAAAGCUCUAGAAGCGAAAAAGGCAGUCUUCUGCGAAAAACCUAUAGCGGAGAAUAUCCAGGACACCGCCAAAUGUUACGAGAUAGCCAAGAAAGUUGGCAAGCCGCUGUUUUGCGCCUUCAAUCGGCGAUUCGACCCGAGCUACUCGAACGUGCGAGACCGAGUUCGCAAGGGGGAGGUCGGACACGUUCAAACGAUUAAAACAGUCUCCCGCGACUCUCCCUUGCCCACUAUAGAGUACUUGAAAUUAUCCGGCGGUAUCUUCCACGACUGCAUGGUCCACGAUAUCGAUAUAAUUACUUGGGUACUCGGAGAAUAUCCAGAUAAGUUAAUGUUUCGGGAAAAGCAAAGAGUGACCCCAAAAAAUUGCCCGUUUUUUGGGCCCUCGAUUUUAAGACUGAACUGUGUGCCAAGUGAUACCAGUAAACGGGAAGAAGAUUAA